AUGAAGGCCACACUAGUGCUGAACUCAUCUCCGUUAUCGAGAGAUUAUCUUAUCUGCAAGCGACUGACGUCCGAAGCCUCGAAGCUCUUCAUCCUUGCUCUGAUCGAUCUUGGCAGAAAUCCGGUCGAGAAUCCUUUGCCUUUCCGACCCAAGAAGAGAUCUGUAGAGCGUAGCACGCCUCGAUCCCAGCUUCUGGAACAUACUCGCUACCACAACGAAGCGGCGGCUUAG